AUGGAUGUCAACAAACCAACGCCAUCUAAACCACAGCCUGACACACAGACAACAGCAACAUAUCUAACAGUAGAAUCUAAAAGACAACUUAUCACACAAGUUCAACACACAGCUGUUGUAGAACACCCUGACCUAGAGCGUAGACUCGCCUAUAUUGAAACAACACUAUCUUCACUACAGGACACACAACACAAGUCUACAGAUGACAUAUCAGAAAUAAAACAAUGGAGAGACAACUUUGUAACAGAACAGAGUGACAUAGGGGUAAACAUUGAACAACUGACUAAAAAACAAAAACAGAAUUUUAAAAACAUCAGCAAACAAAUAAGUGAACAAGAUAACAAAAUAAAGGAGCUGAACAAAGAAAUUGAAAGUUUAAAAGAAAAAGAAUCCAGGUCGAACAAAACACUAGAGAAACUGUCUCAAAAUAUAAAAGAAUAUGAAAACAACUUACAUAAAAUAAACAAAGAGUUGCAAGCUUACACAGAUACAACAGACAGUAUAACACAUGAAAUUAAAAGACUUUCUGAUUUAAUUGUUUCUUUACAAGAUGAAAGUAAUAAAACCUUUGUCAAAACAUCAACCGGAUUUGAAAAGUGGCAAUCAAAGCACAAUGUGAUGUACAAACUCCUACAACAAAGAUUGAUGCCCAUUGACAAACUGAUUCAAAUCUUUAACCAGAACUUAGAAAAUCGUAAAGAAAGAAUUAAUAAGCUGGGUGAACUUGAAAAUAGUAUUUCCAAGUUGUCCAACGAUUUUCAUCGCAUCGAGUCACGUGUAUGUAACAGAUAUGCUUGUAAUGUACAGCUUGAUGGUCCCACACCUGUCAGUGCUGGAUCAAUUAUUUCAAGAUUUGGUAAAUUACUUGAAUACAACGACUAA